AGUAAAAGGGCAUCUGUCCUUAACCUGUUCCAGAGUUAUGAGUGACCGUGAUGUCACUUCCUCAGGGAGGGGUCUCCUACAGCUGCAUUAAGAUUGCUUAAGGGGGUCCCUGAUUCAAAAAAUGUUAAGCACCACUCACUGCUUGAGAGGUUUAAAAAUAGAGGCGCGUUCAGCAGUAAAGAGCGGUGUUUAUAUGAACUAAACGUGGUGGCGGGGCCUGCAGGCAGGGAAGCCUGCACGGAGCCCUUCUGUCCAUCUGUUGGUUCUGCCAUCUCUCAUCCCUUCCCGUGGCUUUGGAGCGUGGCUGAGAGGCAGCUCGCUCAGGCCCCCUGCCAGGCAUGGAAGGCAGAGUCAAGAACAGCAGUGUCAAUGGGAAAGGAACAUGUGCCAGUCUCCAAAGAGGGCCCACCUGUGGCCAUUCACGCCUGCGUGAGGUUCCCUUCCUGAGUGGAAUCCGGGCUGAGUCUGCAGCCUGGUUUAUUAUUUUGGUUCAUGUGUGCUUGGUUGCUUGGUUGGUUGGGUUUUUAGGGUUUGGUUUUUGAGACAGGUUUUAUGCAACCCAAGGUUCACCUUGAACUUCUGAUUCCUGCCUCCAGUUUUCAAGUGGUAUCAAAACAGGAGUGUGUGAUCAUUAAUAUCUCCCUCUCUUUUUAAUUAAGUGUGUGUGUGUGUCUGUGUUUGUGUGUGUCUGUGUGUGCGUGUGCAAGAGUGUAUGUAUGGUGUGUAUUCGUGCAUACAUAUGCCGUGCUUGUGGUAACCACAGGAGGAGGUGAGGUGUUUGCUCCACUGAUCUCUGCCUUAUUCCCUAGACACAGGAUUUGUCAUUAGCCUUAGGACCCAUCCGUUCAUCUAGACAUGCUGGCCAGAAAGCCCUCAGGAUUCACUUGUGUUGCCCAUGACAACACUGGGAUAAUAGGCACUUGUAUGCACACAGCCACACCACGAUUCUAAUGUGGGUGCUAAGAAUUGAACUCGGGUCCUCAGGCUUGCACAGCAAGUGCACCUACCCCUGAUUAUUCUUCCCAGACCCUGUUAGUUUUUUGAGACAUGGGUUUGCUUUCUAGUCCAGGCUGAUGUAAACUCCUAAUCUUAACACCUAAGUCCCCCAUGUUCUGGGCUUACAGGUAAGCACCACCACACCUGGUCCUGUGACUUGAUUUAGCUCAUAAAUAAAGUGAAACUGAAAUCACAACAGGUACCUGUUACCUUAAGAAGGCUGCCACCUCGGGGUUGGGGAUUUAGCUCAGUGGUAGAGCAAGCGGAAGGCCCUGGGUUCGGUCCCCAGCUCCGAAAAAAAGAAAAAAGAAAAAAAAAAAAAAAAAAAAGAAGGCUGCCACCUAGGCCUUGGGUUCGGUCCUCAGCUCCAGGGGUGGGGUGGGGGGAAAGAAGGCUGCCACCUAAGCCAGCCACUGGGACACAUGCUUCUAAUUCCAGCACUCAGGAGGUAGAAUCGGGAGGACCCAGAGUUCAAGGCCAGCCUUGGCUACGGAGUGAGUUUAAGGACAACCUGGACUAUGUGAGACCCUGUCUCAAAAAACGAAUCAGACAUGAUGCAUGCCUUUAAUCUUAGCACCUGGGUGGCAGAGGCGGGUGGAUCUCUGAGUUUAGGCUAGCCUGGUCUACAUUGUCAGUUCUGGGGUAACCAGGGCUAUGUAGAAAGGCCCUGUCUCCAAACACAAAAACAAAACAAACAAGAUUAAUAGAAACAGCCUAACCUGUGUAUUUUGGGGAGCUGGGAGCCCCAAUAAAGAGGUCAGUUUAUGAGAGACAUCACUUUGAGAAGAGAAACCCACAGGAAGGAAGACAGGCUCAGAUGUCCAGCAUGGUAGUUCAGUCCCCAGAUGGCUUCAGAGUCUGUUGCCAUCUGACUACAGCUACACGGGAUACUGCAGUGGGAACAGCUGCCCUGCUAAGUCUGUCUAAGAUAAUGGAUUAGUUUUCUUUCAAGCCUUGUCUUAGUCCAUUUUCUGUCUCUGUAACAGACUAUCCAAGACUGGUUAAUCUAUGAAAUAAACGGUUUAUUUUGGCUCAUGAUUCUGGAGGCUGGGAAGUCCAAGAGAGCAGAUACUGACUUCUUGUUGGUUUUCGGAGAAAGUCUCAUGAUGCUUCUAUUCAUGGUGGAAGGGCAGGGGGGCACCUUUGGAGGACCGUGGGGGUUGUCUUGCUUUAUUACUUCUCACGCUUGUAGCACCCAACCCAGUGAAAGCAAGAACUCAGCUGUGUGAAAAAGGCAUUGGCCCAUCCUGGAGACUUCUGCCUUCAUAACCGGAACUAUUCUUCUUACAGACUGCCUCCACCAUUGGGGAUCAGGGCUCACCAUGUGUUUUGGUGGGUACCAGCUGUAUUCAAAGCAUCACAGACCGUUACCUUCAGCAAGGCUUGUUGCAUGUAUGGUAAUAAAUGAAGAAUAACAAAUCAAAGAAUAAAGGCUUUUUAUUCAAAGCGGGUUAUAGCCAAGGGGUGGCUGCCGUCACUUGCAUUUUUAUCAGAGCCAAAGGUAGACAGAGGACUGGGAGAGAGACAUUAGCAAGCUCUCUUUGGAGGCAGCUAACGAUGGAGAAGCUGUAGGUAGAUGAAGUUGCAGCCAGAAACCCAAAUAUAAUUGGCUAGUGCUAAGUGUUUGGUUUCUCUAGAUGGCCCAAGUUGGAAGCAGGAACAAAACGAAGUUAGUCAAGAUCUGGCUGGUUUUUACUACAAGGUAAAAAGGUUGAGUUUUGCCAUACAGUGGUCUAGUCUAAUUUACAGCUGUCAGAUAGCCGGCCUUUUAGGCUGGUUACUGCAGAGAACUAGGCUGGUCUCCUUGGUUGGGUGCCACAGACUGGGUCCGAGUGUUAUUUUUAUCCGUGGUCUGCAGAAUUCGUCUAUUUAGUCUCUCGCUUGCCUGUAGAUACCCCCAUGAAAACUGACACCUUGAGGCCAUGUUGAAUGAACACAGUGUUCUGGGUAAGCUCAAAGGGAAGAGAAAGCAUUUGGCCUGGGACAAGUUUAAAAGGAGAGUUAUUCAAAGCUGGGCAUGGCGGUGCACGCCUUUAAUCCCAGCACUUAAGAGGCAAAGGCAGGUGGGUCUCUGACAUCUUGGUCUACAGAGCGAGUUCCAGGACAGCCAGAGAAACCCUGUCUUUAAACAAACAAACAAACAAACCACAAAAGAAUAUUUGGGUGGGUGAGGAAAGGAGGGGUAUCCCAGAUGGAGGAGACAGCAUGACCCAAGACUGGAGAUAGGAGAGAACUCAGCACGCACCAAGUGUUGGCACUGGCCUUGAAUAUUGGCUGAGUCCAGGGUACUGAGCAGAGAGGUCGAUAUAGUCCUGAAGGGAGGGUCACAGAUAUUGAGAGUGAUGUCAUCAGAUCCAAGCUUCAGAGACAGGAGGGGAAGGUGCAGGAGAAUGGUAAGCACACGGGAGAUUCGUGAGGAAGCAGUUGUGCUGUCAGGAGAGAGCACUGGAAGUACAAGCCACAGGACUUGGGAGACUGAACCCAAUCGACCAAGAGAACGCAGAGUCCCAGGUUCCUGGAAGACUUAGCUACUUGUGGUUUCUAGAAAGUGACAGGGGUGGAAGAGUGGAGUUUUCGAGAGGGGCAAGGCAUGGAGACCCCCAACAGGACACAUAUAUAAACCAUUUGGUACAGAUCUGGAGUUAGGAGAGUAAGAGGGAGACGGCUUUACAGAAAUCGUGGUUACAGGAGCUGGAGAGAUGGCUCAGUAGUUAAGAGCACUGACUGCUCUUCCUGAGGUCCUGAGUUCAAUUCCCAGCAACCACAUGGUGGCUCACAACCAUCUGUAAUGGGAUCCGAUGUCCUGGCGUGUCUGAAAGAUGGCGACAGUGGACUCAUACAUAAAUUAAUAAUAAAAAAAAAGAAAUGAUUACGGAGGAUAUGCACUCCCCUGCCCCCACCCCACCUAUGGUAAGAUGAGAAGUAUGAGAAGUACCUGUGACAGGGACUGAGAAGUAGAAAGGGUGUCUGUGACAGGGACCGACCAGAAUGUCCAGAAAGACUGGAGUAGUUCUAGGAGAGAGUUGUGCAGAGGAAUUCGGGGAGAAGGAGAUUUUAAGGUGACUGUGACCUCAGGGGCACCUGGGGCAAGUUGAAAAGUGGAAACUGGAGACAGGGAUUUCAGUACUAAUCAGGCCAUUUGUGCAUGAGAAGGAGGCUCCGUCCCGAGUUCAGGGCUUGAAGAGGCAGGAGGGACGUUAGCUAGCUUCCAGUGAAGGGACAGAGUAAGGCGGUUGCUGAUAUUUCCUUUCUGCAUAGUUUUGUUGUUCAAUGGGAGCAACUGAAACAGGCCUACAGCAAAGAAGCUAUGGAGUGGGAGUUGGCGGGGAGAAAGGGCUCUCCUUGUGAGCUCUGAGGGGGCACAGUACACAGUUCUGGCAGCUGUUGGCAACCAUGGCCUCAGGCAGAAUCCACGCUACAGGUGGAGUGGUGUUUGCCCACACACUGGUUCUUGUUUGCUUUAUUUUUCGAAUACAGUGUUAACCAAUUGCAGGUACAAAUCUGGAAUACUACCCUCUGGCAAAGCCAAAGACUCCCACUCCUUCCAAGGCAGCAUGGCUGGGACCCAGGGCCUUGGAUGGGCCUGCCUGCGACCUGUACCCUCUUACCUGCCCACCUCAGCCUUCUGUUUCUGCAUGAUUCCAUCUGUGAGCAGAUGAGAACAGUUGCGGGGCAGAGAACUUAAGGCCUGUGGCUCUGAGAGAGAUGGGUGUGGGAAAGGCCACUGAGCAUUACAGAAGAAACAGUGAAACCAGGACUGGUCUUGUGGAAAGCUGGAGCCAACUCAGGAUGAUCCAGGGAUGGGCAGUGACUCUGGUUUCCAUUUCUUGAAGACAGUACAGGAGCCAGGACCAUUCUCAGCCUGCGUCAGUGUCCCUUGUCUCAAUAAAGAGAUAAUAGCAUAGCCAAGCCUCAGGGCCACUAAAGACAGAACCUUGUGCUCCCCAAUCCCAAGGAUGCUUCGGGGACGGGACACACCGAGACACUCCACUUAGCAUGGGGAAGGAGUCCUGUCUGGGAGUCUCUGCACAGUUUGGAUGUGCCUUCAAGACUGUAACUCUGAGACCAUCAGAGUCACCACCUGUCUACCUUCCCAUAUCCCCCUCCUGCUUCUCCUUGCAGUGACUUCUGUCCACACAAGCUUCCAUAGCUACCCAGGUGGGGUUGCCUGCUCCUGACAGAAGAGGGGCUCUCCCCAGGAAAUAGCUCCACAUAAACUUCAAGAUUAAAACAUCCCCAUUCACACCCUCUGCAGGAACAUUGUCAGGCUUAUUGGGAAUCAUGUGUGGAUUGGACACAUGUCACCGUCUCAUGUUGAGCUGGAAUGUAAUUAGGUGAUGGUGGGAAAAAAAAAUUCCAUCCGUCUCCUGGGAAUGCUGCAAUAAUGAGCUAUCAAGUCGGGACCCGGGAAGCAGGCAGGGGCUGCUGACCUGAGCCCAAGUGCGGAUCAUUCAUUAGCUUUGGAGAUGCCCGUGAUCUGGGCUGCAUAAGCAAGCAGUCCUGUUCCUAAGUGAGGGAGUUGGGGUUGGGGGAACCAGAGUGAAGAGUUUGAAAGCCUGCCUCCAGCUUUGAAGUCAGAAAAUAAGCAAGCCAUUUCUUCCUGGGCUGGGCUGCAGGAAGCCAGGGCCUUCUAUGGAGGCUGAGGCAUGAUUACUAAGCCACGCCCAGGUGAGAAAAGCCCUCUUUUGAUAGACCUUUGAAUUUACCUGUGAGGCAGGGCUGAGGGCAGGACCAGGCCUGGGAAGCAGAGAGCAGCCAGAGGGCCUCACCAGGAAGGUUAGCAUGGGAGCUCGGGUCUGAACCACUCUAAGCCAAUGCCCCACUGGGCUUCUGAGGGUACCCCAGACUUCCUUAAGGUCUUCUACCUAUCCUACCCUCCUGUAGAGGUAUGAAGAGCUCCACCCUGCCCAAUAGUCCAAGGACACCUCUUCCUUUCCCAGCAGAUCGUAUCAUAUCCCAAAUAGCCCUCCACUGCAGUACAGGCUCUUUCCCCCCCAUAGCCGGUCCUCAUUCUUAGGCGGACACUUCCGGUGGGCAUCCUUUGAUAGCAUCCUUUGAUAGGUCUGUCCCAUUUCAGGCACUGUCUGUCUUUGCACCCUCUCUUCUCCUCUACCAGGGAUGGGACCCAGAGUAGAUGUGGACAAACCAUCUACCACUGAACUAUGUCCUCUCCUUGUCGUCCUUUCCCCCGCUUUUCCCUUUGCUCAGCUCUGGGGCACUCCUGGACACCAUUCCAGCUACCUCAGGAGUUCCAUUUGCUCUCCAAUCAAGAGCUGCAUCCUGGCUCCUUUUUUCUGUUUUUUUUUUUUUUGUUGUUUUGUUUUGUUUUAUUUUUCAAGAUAGGGUUUCUCUGUGUAGCCCUAGCAGUCCUGGAACUCACUUUGUAGACCAGGCUAACCUCACAGAGAUCUGCCUGCCUCAGCCUCUGAGUGCUGGGAUUCAAGGUAUUAGUCACUGCCACUCGACUUGCAUCCUGGAUUCUUAAACAUCUAAACAGGAUCUUUUCUUGUUGCUUCUCACAACAGUGUACGCCACUGAAAUAGUCACAGCCUACUCUACUGUGGCCAAGGUCAAUGCCUAUGCUUGAGGAAGGAGGAAAGACUAUAAGGCCCUUUCUCCCCAGGCCACACCCCUUCCUGUCUCAGGCACUUACUGGAUAGGUUCGUCUACUGGGGAGCUACUGGCUUUCUAAUGCAUAAAUGGGGAUUUUUUGGGAGGCUCUCAGGACUUGCUUCCUCCAAGUAGCACCCCAAAGAGGUCUCCUUGUCAGACCUUUUCCUACUCUUUCUCACUUUAGAAGACAAUAAACCUCAGCCCAAGCCAGUAGCUUCACUUUGCACCAACUCUGUCCAAUAGAAGGCAAAUGGAUGGACUUUAAGCUUUCUAGUAGGCAAAGGAUAAGAACAGGGCUGGAGCGAUGGCUCGGUGGUUAAGAGCACUGACUGCUCUUCCAGAGGUCCUGAGUUCAAUUCCCAGAAACCACAUAGUGGCUCACACGUGGUGGGAUGCGAUGGGAUCUGACGCCCUCUUCUGGUGUGUCUGAUGAGAAUGACAGUGCGUGUAUGUAUGAAGUACGCAUACACAUAAGAUAAGUAAAUCUUUAGAUGCCUGCUCUCAUCUGUCCUCUGCCUCGAUUACUAGGGUUAAUGGCGUUUGCCAGCACUGCCUGGCUUUAAAAUUGUUUUUAUUUAAUUCAAUGUAUUAAAAUAUUUCAUCAUUCUUGGGGCUGUUAAGAGUAUAUGUUGCUCUUGCCAGGUUCAGUUCCCAGCACUAUGAGAGCUCACAACCAUUCAUAACUCCAGUCAGACACAUUAAGUACACCUACAAGUUAAAAAGAAACUUCUCAGGGGCUGGGGAUUUGACUCAGUGGUAGAGCACUUGCCUAGCAACCGCAAGGCCCUGGGUUCGGUCCCCAGUUCUGAAAAAAAGAAAGAAAAAAAAAAGAAAGAAAGAAACUUCUCUCCAUAAACCAAUAUAAAAGUUACUCAUGAGACAUUCAGCUGGUGGUUUGGGGAGACGAACCUUCCACUUUAGACCAUGGCCAAGCUCCGUAACUUCGUGGAGAAGGCACCGUCAAUGGUGGCUGCUGCCGUGACUUACUUGAAGCCUCGAUUGACCGCAUUUUGGCACUACACCAAGGUUGAGCUGGUUCCCCCAACCCCUGGUGAAAUCCCUACAGCUAUUCAGAGCAUGAAAAAAAUAAUUCAAAGUGCCAAGACUGGUGGCUUCAAACACCUUCCAGUUAAGGAAGCCGGGCUGCAUGGUUUGGUGGCCACUGAGGUGUGGAUGUGGUUUUAAAUCGGAGACAUCAUAGGCAAAUGUGGCAUUGUUGGCUAUGAUGUUUGAAGACCAAUCUUUAACUUCUGAUUUGAGUUCUUAUCUUGAACCAUGUGUAAUGAGACUGCUAUCUGAAUAAAAUGCUAGCUGU